AUGUCCAACUACUCCAUAGCCUCCAUCUCGAACAUCUCCCGCGAACAACUCUCCUCCCAAAUCCUCUCUUCCGAAUCCGCGCCCCAUCUCCCGUCCAAUCUUGCCAUCAUCGAUGUCCGAGAUUCAGAUCAUAUUGGGGGCCAUAUUAGGGGGAGUACGCAUGUGCCGAGUUCACAACUGGAUUAUCGAUUGCCGGAAUUGGUGAGGUUGCUAAAGGGGAAGGAGACAGUUGUGUUUCAUUGCGCGUUGAGUCAACAGAGGGGUCCAGCGGCGGCAUUGAGGUAUUUGAGGGAGAAGGAGAGGUUGGGUGGGGACGGAAGCAAGCGUGAGGAGGAUGUGGUUGAGGAGAGCCGAGAGGGGAAGAACGAUGCGAGGAACGAGGAGCAAGAAGCUGCGCAGAAGGUUGUUGUGCUAGAGGGUGGGUUUACGAAGUGGCAGGAGAAGUAUGGUGAGGAUAAGAGGUUGACAGAAGCGUAUCAGAAGGAUAUUUGGGAAUUUGGGUAUUGA